AGCAUGAACAAAAAUCAGUGCACGCCCACUCAUACAUCACGUUUCAAGUCUAGCUGUUUGUAAACCGCAUUUGCUAAAGUGCAGUGAACGUGUCUGCAUUCAUUACCUUAUCUGGGAGUUGCACGUCAGGAGUUUGUUUUAGUUUGUUUUAAGUAAGUUCUCUCGCUGAAAGAUGAAAUUGACUAGAGAACAAAUUGAAGAGUUCUGGAGAAAUGCAGACAAGAAUCAAGACGGCAAACUAACGGUACAGGAAAUUCAACUAGCGAUCAAGAGAUACGAUCAACAUAUGACGGAUAGCGCAAUUGCGGGCAUAUUCUGUGAUAUUGACACUGACAAUGAUGAUAAAAUCACCAAAAGGGAAUUUGUUGAUCAAAUGUCGAAGUCACGAGCGGAUGAUCUUGCCCAGUUAUGGAGGAAGUACGACACGGACAGAAGUGGAGAACUUUCAAGAGGCGAGGCUAUCGAGCUGAUUAAGGCCUACUUUCCUGCCGACAAGUGCAACUCGGUUAUUGGAAAAUUCCUGCAGUUUAGUGAUCGGGACGGCAACGGUGUGAUUACAAAAGAAGAAUAUGACAAUUUCUUUUGUCAGUAACAUAAAAUUAAUGAUAUUUUUAAUACAUGGCCUCAAAGCGGUUUUCUUACUUGAAUACUGUUUUUUUUUAGGAAAAUUUACGGUUAUGUAGAUAUAUGCAUAUAUAUUUAGACGCUUUGUAAACCGGUACCUGUUUUUUAUACGCCAAGAUAUUGAUACUUUUGAAAUGAAACAGCCAUUUGACAGCGCAAUUACCAGUCUAUAUAUGAUGAAAUGGAGAAAAAUUAUAAACUACAAAUUGAAACAUGUUGGGAGAUAUAUUUUUAUUGAAAUAUUCUUGUGAUAUUCCACUACGUCUUUUAUGAAAAAAAAUGGUUCUGGAUGCUGAAUGCAAAAUACAUAAUGUCACCAAUGGAAAUGUGUAUCUGUUUAAUGCGUUACUUUAAACUGCGUCUUGCAUAUAUUUAGAUAGAUAUAAUAUAUUUUUUAUAAAAGCUUAAA